AUGUCCAGUCUUCAGCUCGAGCUCACAAAGACGCUGCGCAAUCUGGAUGACCAUAUGGGCAACCUCCUCUGCCUUUCGACCUUCGCCCAAAUUUCAGCAUCGGGGAGAAAGGCUCAGGACGGAGACGCACAAGCCCCGUCAUGGCUGCAGAAUAUCAAUCACUUCUUCGGACCUAAACGCGGGUUGAAGACAAUAGACCUGGUGGUGCUACGCGUGAUCCUCGCUUGCUCCGCCAGCUGCAGUAGCCUGACCACUAACCAGGCUGCCGAAAGUGUCCGGCUAGCGAUUGGAAUUUGUGAUAGCGUCGAACAAGGGCAGAGAGAUGCGUGGGUCGCAGCUAACCGUCCGAAAAUUGCGAAGCUCUGCGAGAAGGUUACGCGAAGUGGGAUCAGUCCGGAAAUCCAGAUGCUUGGCAUGGCUUUCUUGACGGCGUUGCUUCCGCCUUCCGUCACGUCACCUGGUAUAUCAGGAACUGCGUUGCAAUGGCUUGUGUCAAAGGACAGCAGGCUGGUCUUGGAUGUCUUGCCCUUGGAUAUGAUCUCAAGAUUAACAAAUACGGUCGCUAUGUGUCUUGGGCAGCCUGCAAUUUGCAGCUUAUUGAACUAUGUAAUCUCUUCAUUAAAAUCAGUUUCUUUCACACAUACUGCAACAUUCGCCACAAUUCAACUGUCGAUGGCUAUUGUGUCUGGUCUACAGAGCCUUGAUGCCACUUCCUUCAAAACAGCUGUCGCCAAGCAAGCACACGGGCAGUUCGUUGAAAGCAUACUUCAGCUGAUGGAAAGUUUUCCUCGACGACCGUCUCCGUCACAGUGUGAAGACUCGGAUGCCUGUCGCGCUUCUCUCGUCAAUAUGGAAAACGAGCUCCUCUGCGACGUCUUUGCCCUGUUCAUUAGCUCAUCGUUCUUCCGGAGUGGUGAACAGGACGCAUCGUCCCCACCAGAACUCAAAAUCUUACAAUCUUUCAUGAAAAAUGCAAGAAAUACAAUCACUAAAGCCACAUGCGCAUUCUCUCAGAUUCAACCAAUGAUGCUCCGUGAGUCGCUUCCUGCACUAAGGACGCUGGAGAAAUCAUCUAGCACGAGACAGGACUGGCGCACUGGGCUCGCAGAGACCCUAGCGUUCAACACGCAGGCAUCGCAGGAGAAGAUGAUUCGUAAGGUUGAAGAAAUCUGCUACGAUCUUGAAAACCGGUGCAGUGACAUUGAAGCUCCGCUCCGAGCCGUCGAAGUAGAGCGGAACAAAGCCUUACAGAAGGCAGACGAAACACAACGGCUCAAUCGCGAGCUGGAACUACGACUGCAGGAGGCGACUGGGACCAUCUCAGCUCUCCGUCAGGAAAUCGCCAACCUCGAGGGCCACGCAGAAAACGCUUCGGGCCAAAUUCAAGAGCUGUCGGAGCGUCUGGAUGCAGCCCGGAAAGAGCUGGAAGAGCAACGGCGUGAAACACAGGACUCUGUGCACAGCGAGCGAGAAAAGGCCAGGACGAGGGAACUGGACCUGAUUGCUGCCGUGACCGAGAAGGAGAAUCAAUUGGAGGGGCUGCAAGAUGUGGUCCGUGAGAAGGAGAGCAUGAAUGCGGAACUACGGCGAAUUUUGGAUGCCGUGAUGGAAGAUAAGUCUUCUCUUCUUGAGGACAAGAAUGCUUUGACGCAGGAAGUCGCCAAAGUCAAGCAGCAAGCGGAGGACCUGGAAGCAGCGUUAGUACGGAAAGAUGAAGAGAUCGAGCGCUUGCUUGCAAUCAAGGACGACACGGAAGCUCGCGCGGAAAUUCUACAAAAUAAGUUGAAUGAAGAGAUUACAACGUCGGAUAACCUCAAAUCUGCGCUCCGCAAGACCGAAGGUGAGCUCAACACGGAACUGGAAACGGUCAAAAAUCAAUUCGGGGAGAAACUUCGGGAAGUCAAAGAAGAGUGUGCGAAGCGAAACGACGAAAUCUCCUCCCUUCAGUGCUCCAUGCAGACAGCCGCAGCCAGUGCCACUAAAGAGCUUCAGGCAAAGGACAAGAGAAUCCAAUACUUGGAAAAGAAGAUUCAACACCUACGAGACGAGCGGGCAGCCAAAGCGCGAGAAUUCUCCGAGGCACAGCAGCAUAUCGGACGACUGAUGAAUGUGAUGGGGUUUCAAACUGAACCUACCAGGUCGAACCCGUCGCACAAACAAUCGCGGACCAGGCCAACUGCAGGACCACUGCAAUCCACGCCGCAGGAACAACCACGGUCAGCGGGAUACACGCAAACCGACGGCGAUGACUUGGCGAACAUGUCCUUUGAAUCGGAUGGCUCUUUCGUUGGAAGACGCAGCCCAAAAAGACACCGGGACAAUUCAUUUCCCAUGGAGAAGAUACCACCAUCAUCUCAGGUGCCUGAGCGUAAACGAAAUUCUGUUUGUCCGGGUGGCGGAAGAGAUCGGCGAGAGCGCAGAAUUCUGGGCGAAGCUGAUCAGAACAGCCAGAACAGUCAACCCAGCACGCAAGAAAGCAGGAAAUCCGCUUCUAGUCAGUGCAAGAGUUUUUCAGCUUCUCAGUUCCAUGGCACUGGGGAGGAAAAUCAUUUCCAGGAUCUCGACUUGGAUAUGGACUUGGAAUUCUCGAAGGAUUUUAUUUUCACCAGCACGCCUGCAACAGAAGCAAACAACGUGCCUCCAGAGGUUCGCCGUUGA